CGUUGAUUGUUUUGAAUCCUGUUUUGAAUCUUUAAAUUGAAUUUCGUUUGCGUUUUGAAAGUGUUUUACAAAACAUUUUCAUUUCAAAACUAAUCUUACAUUUGAUUCAACACUUAUUGACAUGUCUUCGAGUGCGAGUGCGGGCGCCGGCGGUGGGACGGGAGGUGUGGAGCGGUCUUCGGGAGGAACGGCUUCGGGCGGACCUCAGGAGAAGAAGAAGAAGGAGAGUAUCGUUGAUUUGGGAAAAUACUUAGACAAAGCCAUUCGCGUCAAGUUUCAGGGCGGACGGGAAGCGAGUGGUAUUCUUAAAGGAUUUGAUCCCUUACUGAAUCUGGUUUUGGAUAAUACUAUAGAACUAUUGAGGGAUCCGGACGAUCCCUAUAAGCUGACGGACGACACCAGAACUCUGGGUCUUGUGGUCUGCAGAGGAACUGCUGUUGUGGUCAUCUGUCCGGUCGAUGGC